UUUCAGAAAAUAAUGGUAAAGACAUGUCACUCACUCGUAAUAACUGACGUUCUGAGAAAGUAAUCCUAGUCUUUAAUUUAUUUAAAGAGAGAUGUUAUAAUUUUGUUGCAUAUAGAAAAAAAUUCGCAUAAACUAUAAAUAUCACCUAAACUGAGGCAUUUUCGAGACAGUUAUCUACGCACCUAAAUAUAGCAGGCCACAAAAAGAAGAAUCUAUAUAUAAGCAUGGCAGGAUUAGCAGCUGAAGUUACUGUAGUUAUGGUGCCUCUUCCAACACAGGGCCAUCUCAACCAGCACCUCCACCUCUCCCGCCUCAUCUCUUCCUACAACAUCCCCGUCUACUACACCGGUGCCGCCACUCAUGUCCGCCAAGCCAACCUCAGAGUUCAGGGAUGGGAUCCUCUCUCCAUCCCGAAACUCAAUUUCCACGAGUUCCCCACGCCUUCUUUCGAAUCCCCCACCCCCGACCCCAAUGUGAGAGCGCCGGUGCAACUAGUGCCAGGACUACUGGCCACGUUACGCCUCUGAGAGCCCCUCCGUAAAUUCCUGGAGGAGCUCUCGAAGAAAUCAAAGAGGGUGGUCGUGAUUUACGACUUCUGGAUGGCUUGGAAUGUCCAGGACAUUCCGAGCAUCCCGAACGCAGAGUCUUAUUGCUUUGAGAGCCUUUCGGCUUUCUCCGUCUACUCCUUCAUCUGGGAGGGAAUGCAGAAGCCGCCUCUUCCCGCCGAAGCUGAAAUCCUCAACCAUCUUCCCAAUUUAGACUUCUGCACCUCUCCCAAAUUUGAUGAAUAUGGCAAGUUUCAGCUUGAAGCAGAGAAUUUCAGCUCCGGGGCGAUUUUCAACACUUGCAGGAUGAUUGAAGGGCCUUUCCUGGACUUGCUGGCCCAAGUACCAAGAAUGGGCCAGCGCCAAUGGGCCAUUGGCCCGUUCAACCCCGUAACCCUACCGGCUUCCAGUGACCCGCGCCAUGAAUGUCUCGCCUGGCUGGACAAACAGGACCGGAAUUCGGUGAUCUUCGUCUCGUUCGGAUCCAAUACUGCACUCUCUGAGGAGCAGAUCAAUCAGAUCGCUGUUGGGCUGGCAGAAAGCGGGCAGAGGUUUAUUUGGGCCCUAAGGGAAGCAGAUAAAGCUGACAUUUUCGUCGCCGGAGAUGCCGAGAGGGCCGUCCUGCCGGCGGGAUACGAGGCGAGAAUCGAAGGGAAGGGAAUGGUGGUGAGGGAUUGGGCGCCGCAGCUGGAGAUUCUCGCCCACCCAUCCACCGGCGGGUUCAUGAGCCACUGCGGGUGGAAUUCGUGUAUGGAAGCCAUUUCCAUGGGAGUGCCCAUUGCCGCCUGGCCGGUGCACUCCGACCAGCCCCGGAACGCCCUGCUGAUCACCAAGUGCCUGAAAAUCGCAGUGGAAGUCGAUGACUGUAGCACGCAGGAAGUGGUUAGCUCACGGAGGAUUGCAGAAGCUGUUAAGAAAUUGAUGGCUUCCGGGGAAGGAGAAGAGAUGCGGCGAAGGGUAGAGGAAAUGAGCGGCGCCGUCAAGCUUGCGGUGAUGGAAGGAGGUGCCUCGCGCCGAGAAAUGGAUUCUUUCAUUUCUCAUAUCACUAGAGACGACUGACUGACUGAGUAUAACGCCUUUUUUAAUAAGUGGGUGCUGUAUUUGCAUCCAAUUUAGAAUAGGG